AUGGGAGAAUCUCAAAAAGAUAGCGAAAAUCCUCUUAACAUAGAUGGAAAUAACUUCAACUCAGAAAUGUAUAUAGAAUGUCUAUUGAAAUGUGCGACUCUUCGUCAAGUUAUGGAUAAAGAAGCUGAGGUUGUAACACAGAGUCAGUACUUGCAAUCUGAAAUGCAAACUUUGGUGUACGAAAAUUAUAAUAAAUUUAUAUCAGCAACAGAAACAGUUCGGAAAAUGCGUUCAGACUUCCAGAUAAUGCAAGAAGAAAUGAAUAAAUUAAGUGAAAAUAUCAAUAAGAUAACAACAUUCAGUUCAACUAUAUCUGAAAACUUGAAGGACAGCGGAACUACUGUUAAUAGACUUUGUAAUACAAGGCAAUUACUAGAUAAAUUGCAAUUUGUGUUCUUAUUGCCAACUCAACUUAAUAAAGCCAUUGAAGAAAAUCGAUAUAUGGAUGCCGUUAAUGACUACACACAUGCUCAAAGAGUAUUACAGAAGUAUGGCAGUCAACCAUCCUUCCAGAGCAUACAAACUGAAUGUUCCGAGAUUAUAAGUGAUCUGAAAAAAACUUUAAGAGAAAGAUUGCUGACACCCGAUACAACUGCAUCAGAAUUAGCUGAAAGUGUGGGACUAUUACGACAGUUACAAGAAAGUGAUUCAUCUUUACAGGACAUCUUUUUAACCUGUGCAGAGAGUCGGCUUCAACAACAUCUGAAAUCCCUUUCAUCUAUAGUCGACAAUGUUGAUAUAUUGGAAUGGGUUGAGAAGUGUAAUAAUUCUUUACUAGCAGAUAUAGGCAUUGUUAUAACAUGUUAUCAUGACACAUUCCAGAAUAAAGAAAUUUUACCCGAAUUUGCUGAUAAGGUAAUGACACAAGUCUUUCAACUAUUUGAAGAAGUCAUUAAGAAACCUGAAAACACAGGUACAGAUAUAUUGAUAAGGGGAUUAGAUAAAUUUUUCAGAAAACUUCAAGCAAUGUCUGAAAUAAUUUCAAGUGAUUCAGUUUCUCAAAAGGCCGUAGAUGUUGUAGUUCAAUGUAUAAAUCACAAGGCGUCUAUGCAGUAUCAGAUUAUACAAACACAGUUUAAAGAAAAUCUUAUGAAAGUUAGACAAUCUCUUGCUAGUAAAGGUACAGAGAGUGCAGACUUGAAAGAUAUUUUAAGCUCUCUGCAGGUCCACUUAAUGCAAAAAAUACAAGCAUCGUUAUUGGAUCUAAUGGCUUUUCUACAAAAGAAUCUUUCUUUUGGCCUCAAACCAUGGUGUGGGAAAGCUGUAGCCGAUGCCUGUUGGACAGUGAUUUCAGAAACAUUAAUAAACAUUUCAGAUAUGGUUAAAAGCAUGGCUUCCUUGCAAGCUUCAAAUAACAUUCCAUUUGAAUUACUUUUAGUGCUAGCAAAACUAUGUUUGGAAAUGCAAGAGAAUGGUGUUUCGACUUUACAUAACCAUUUACUUAAACUCUUAGAAGAAUCUUCACCAGGUCUCACUGUGGGUAACAAUGAUACGUCUAACAUUAUGGUUAGUUUGUCAACAGCGGCUCAAGUGGCUUUAGAUUCUGAGGUGGUAUUCAUAGGACAAACGGCGGCUCAAAUGUUACGAGUAUCUGUUCUUGCCAGAGAUUGGCUAAGAGCUCCAGAACCGCGAGGGCCAAGGGCUGUGUGUCGCAGAGUGGUUGAAACAUUAGCUAGUGCCGAUACCGCCGCUUCACAACUAUUCCCUACUAGCAUGAAGCCGUCUAGCGAUUCAAGUCGUCGUACGAUUUGGUCACGGCCGUCAUCAUCUUUCUCUCCCAUAAGCAGGAUUUUCUCUGAAAGAAUCGAAGUUUUUAGCCCAGCCGGUGCAGACAGAGCGGCGUUGUCGAAUGGCGCAUUGAAAGUAGCCUUAAAGGCACUAGUGGAAUGUGUCAGGUUACGCACAUUUAGUAGACAUGGCUUGCAACAAUUGCAAGUAGAUGUACAUUUUCUACAACAGCGGCUCUCCUGUAUGGGUAAUGACGAAAGGUUAUUAAACGCCCUUCUAGAAGAUGCUCUGUCUUCAGCUCAAAUAAGAUGCGUGGAUCCGCAAUUAAUGGAACCGAGCAUUGUAGAUAUAAUCUGUGAAAGAGGCUAA